AUGGGAAAAGGCGGUCGCUUUUUUUGCAUCUUCACUCCAUAUGCUCUGACUAUCGCGGCUUUAAUCUGUCUCAUCAUCGUGGGGUUGGGUUCGACCGAUAACGGCACAGACUCACUGCGAGACCUGCAUUUCUUCCGCAUUGACCUCCAAAACCUCACCACUUCGACAACAGCACAAACCACCGUCGAAAACGCCCUGGAUGAUUUGAACAUCACCGUUGACGAUGGCGACAUCAAGACCGCCCUCGAGGAAGUCCAGAAGUACUUCAAAAUCCAGGACUUCUACAACAUCGGUGUCUGGGGCUACUGCGACGGCAACAUCACCUCCAAAGACGACUACGAAAUCUCCAACUGCUCCAAGCCCAAGGCCGAGUUCUGGUUCAACCCCGAUGAAGUCUGGAACCUCGACACCCUGGGUCUCGACAAUGCCAUUCCCAGCGACCUCCAGAAGUCUCUGAAGGUCUACAAGAAAGUCUCCAAGUGGAUGUUUGUUGCCUACAUUGUCGCCUUUGCGGCUACGGCGCUCGAGCUCCUCAUCGGAAUCACCGCUAUCUUCAGCCGCUGGGGUAGCUGCGUCACCACCUUGGUCUCUAUCACCGCAUUCCUUUUCACUGCUGCCGCCUCCGCCACCUCCACCGCCAUGUUCGCCGUCAUCACCGGCGUCAUCAACGAAAAGCUCAAGAAAUACGGCGUCGUCGGUAGCAUGGGCAAGCACAUCUAUGUUGCCACCUGGCUCGCCGUCGCAUUCUCCCUUGGCGCAGCUCUCUUCUGGGCCUUGAGCUCCUGCUGCUGCUCCGGCCGCUCCCCUUACAGCCACCGCGACCGGGGUGUGCGCGGUGUCAUGGCCGAAAAGGCGCCUUACACCUAUGAGCCUAUUAACAGCCCUUACUCUUCUCCUCAGCCCGGGUACACUGCUCCCCCGAUGCAACACCCCCACCCUCAAGAUCCCCAGCGAGCCGCUACCUCUUAUGAGCCUUUCCGUCAUGUUUAAAAAAAAAAAACCC